CAGCCAGUGGCUGAGCGUGUAUGCAGGCGUCGUCGGCGGCCUCAGCAGCGUACCGGCACGUUGGCUCCAUUCCACGUUCCUCGACUAAGCAUUCAGCCCGCGUCUUUGGUCAUUCUUCCAUUCUCCCAUUCUCCCAGCUUCCAACGGUAUUCGCAAAGCCUAAACCGUACCUCUUUCUCUCUCCGCUCUCACUCUGUUCCGUCGCGCGCUGCUAGUGGUGUUGGUGACCCCCACCACCUGCUGGAAACCAUUGCGCCGUGCGCCUCGGCUGCAUCUGCAACUCAACGGACCGAAGUGACGUGCACGACGUCGCCAGGCUGA